AUGUCCAAAGACGAAGAGAAGGAUGCCCGAAGGACAUACCUUCUACGGGUUGCCAGCCACAUCCUUGGGUUGAACAUCGUCGAAGAGAAACUUCGACAACUUCCACAACCAAUCGAGACCUUCUGCGAUACAAAUUCCACGCUGCUCACUAUUGCACUCACUGAACAGGUGUUCAGUAAGGACAUUGCUGAUUCAUUACAAACUACAGCGAAUAAGCAUCUUAUAUCGCUUGUGAGCGAACUUGAAGAAAAUCUACUGGCGAGUGUCGAUAGCGGAAAGGACCGUGGAGAAGCUGGAGUGGUCGCACUCUCUGAUGAGAUUCGUGUUUGGAAGUCACGGAGCGGGGCAGCUGCUCAGCAGUACAACGAUGCUUUCGAACCACUACAGAUCAUCAUCGACACGAUUGAGGUGAGUUUCAGGAAGGAAGCUGACAAGCCUGAAGCCCACGGUCUUACCUAUGCGAACAGGUAUCUACGAAAAUUGAUGGAGGGAGGCUGUGGAAGGAUCCAGAGUAUUUCGCAACAAUGUACAACAAUGGGGAAUUUCGUCGGUAGCAAGUUGAUGACUGGUCAAACAUGGAAACGCCAAGUUGAAGACGCUUGGCAAGGCGAGCCAGUCGAUAUGAAAUAUCUACAGGGAUUCAAAAAGAGGCUUGAAGAGGUACUGUCGCUGAAGCAACUGGGCCCGCAGAUAGGUUUACUGCUAAACGAACGAGGUGUGGAGGCGGAAGUGGAGAAGACUAUUGAGACCGCUAUGAGAAAUACAGCCGUGUUGGCCUACAAUCCAUUCACGGAACACAAUUGGAAAUCGAAAGUGCUGGUGAGUUUUUGA